GCGGCAACCCCAGCGCUGCCAGCGCCUUCACCUGCGCCUCCCGGCGUUCCCAUCGGGCCAGAUGGCAAGCCCAAAAAGAUUUGCUGCACGUGCCCAGAUACAAAAAAGUUGCGAGAUGUGUGCAUUGCAGAACGAGAGGAGCAUCCAUACUGCCAGGCGCUCAUAGAGGCGCACAAGGCCUGCUUGCGGGUGGAGGGCUUCAAGGUG